AGAGAGAGAGAGGCAGAGAGGCAGAGAGAGAGAGAGAGAGAGGCAGAGAGAGAGGGAGAGAGAGACCCUCUGUUGGAGCUCUGUGGAACCUCUCCGGCUGAAGCCCCGAGCAGCACUUCGUCCCGUGAGGUCAUGGCUCCGCGUCUUUACGCACCGGCGGCGCAUCACUGAAACCUCACACGGGAACCGCGACAUCGGCGCUUUGCAGCUGCGCGACCGGACGCGAGGAUGGAGACGGCUCUGUACCUGCUCGCCUGCGCCUCGUUGGCCCGGGGUGGUUGGGCUCUCGGGUACCCGGAGUCCGGUGCUCAUAGCGGGCAAAGAGCGGCCAGCAGACACCGGAACUGGUGCGCUUACGUGGUGACACGCACUGUGAGCUGUGUGAUGGAGGACGGAGUGGAGACGUACGUCAAACCGGACUAUCAGCGCUGUACCUGGGGCCAAUGUCCCCGAGUUGCCUACCGGACGUACAGAAGGCCCAGGUAUAAGGUUGCUUACAAGAUGGUGACAGAAAUGGAGUGGAAGUGUUGCCACGGUUACUCCGGAGAAGACUGUCAGGAUGUGCCGAAGGGAACCAGCAACACCCAGACCAGCGCGGGGCGCCCCCGGGUCCCUCAGACCGGCUUCAACACAGGCGUCGGGCAGAGAGGAGGCCCAGACGGUGACGGGGAGAAGAUCAGACAGCUGGAGGAGACGAUCCGAGGUCUGAUCAAAGACCUCCACAACAUGCAGACCACCAUCCACGGCAUUAACCAGCGGCUACCUGGUCUGAAUGGGGCUAUUGUCCCUGCUGACUCAGCUCAGCCACACAUGAAGGAAACCAUCAACAGCAUCCAGACCAAGCUGGACCACCUCUACAACCGGACACAGGUUCAUGACCAGACUCUUCUCAACAUCAACAACCACCUGGUGAACGGAGGGGGAAACGACCUGGACGGAGCUGCCCCAAAAGGAGGGGCAGGAGGAGAGGACCAACUCACCACCCUCAAGGAGGCGAUCCUGACGGAGCUGGAGAGAAGGGUGUCCCUGUCCUGCUCCUCCUGCCAGGCUGGUGUGGAGGACCUGAAACGCCAGCAGCAGCAAGACAGGGAGCGCAUCCAGGGUCUGGAGAAGCUGAUCAGCUCCAUGGACCAGCACAUGAGGCAGAGCCUGGACAUCUCCCGCAGUGAGAUACAGCGCUCCCAGGCCUGCUGUAACACCGUCACCGAGCUGGAGAAGAGGCUGUCCUCGGUGGAGGUCCGAGUCACCUCCACGGCGGACAAGUGUGACGUUGUGAGAGGCCGGCUGGACAAGGAGCUGGUCGGGACGGGCGGGGGGAAGGGACGAGUGACAGAGGACAGGUUGAACACCAGGCUGAGAGAUCUGGAGAAGAGGGUGAACAGCACGUUGAGGAAGACCGAGCAGAGGUGCACCAACACGGGGAACAACCUGAAGGACAGCGUCCAGAGGGACGUCACGCAGUUGCGCAACAUGGUCUUCAGCCGGCUCGACACCCAAAGCUCCAAGACCGUCCAGUUAGAGCUGGACGUGGCCGUCCUCGGAGACACGGUCACCGACCACAGCCGGCGUUUAAGUCAUCUGGAGAACAUCACGGCCUUCCUGGACAGAAGGCUAACGUCCACCACAAGCAUGUGCAACGAGACCUGUGGGCCCAACGGAAAAGGCCACAAGACCGACGACACUGUGAAAACCCUGGAGUGGAGAGUCGUCGCCAACCAGGACGACAUCCAGAAUUUUAACACCAGGCUGAACGACCUGUCCGUGUCCGGGGACUCGCUGAUGGACAGAGUCAUCAACCUAGCAGACGAUGUCAAAAAGAUAAUUGCCCUGACGGGGGAGAGCGGCGAGCAUUUCAACCGGAUCGCCACGGAGGUCGAAACAUUGGGCCGCGAUCUGAAAGACUGUUCCAUUUGCGGCAGCGUGGAGGAGGACCUGCGGUCCCUCGCCAACUCCACCACAAGUCGCCUCGACAAGUGCCAGACCGAACUGACCGAUCUGCGGAGAAAGAUGCACUCGGGGGAGUCGGCCUGCUCUCAGGUGUGCUCAAACCUUCAGGAGGAGGUCGGGCGCCUCAGAGAAGAAGUAGAGCAGUGCACGACACAGUGUAAGGUCAACGUGAAUGAACUGAAGGAACGGCUGGAUGGUCACGGCGUCCAUAGCAAUAGAUUAGGGGAGGAUCUGACGUCCAUCCAACGAGAGCUGGCCGGGGUCAUGGUCACAUUUAGCUCCAUCAAUGACACCCUGAAGGUUCUGGGGAGGACUGUACAGACACAUGGGAACACACUGACUGAUCUGAGCAACACCAAGGACAACAUCAUCUCUGAGGUGGACCUUUUGCAGCAGGAGUUGACGGAUCACGUCGAUGACUCGAAGAUUCAGUUCAACAACGUGGGCAAAGAGAUCCAAAUAAUGAGGAGCAACUAUGUGACGGAGGUCGGGGAGUGCCGGCGAUCCAGCGACGGCCUAGAAAAGAGAAUCUCAAAGCUGGAAGGAGUGUGUGGACGCCUGGACUCCUUCUCAGACGGCCUGGAGAGGAUCAGGGAGGGUCUGAACCGACACGUGUCCGGCCUGUGGAGCUGCGUUAACGGACUCAAUGUCACUGUAACGUCUCAGGGAGAUCUUAUCGCUGACAUCCAGAACGUCCAGCUGGAGAGAGUCCACUCCGACAUACACAGACUGAACUUGUCGGUGGUGGACCUGGUGAAGGACUUUAACAAUUUCAUAGAGGGGGACUUCAUGGGUCCACCUGGUCUACCAGGCCCUAGAGGAGAGAGAGGCGAGCGUGGAACCCAGGGCCCUGUGGGACCCCAAGGGAGGGUGGGACCCCAGGGCAGAGAGGGCCAGCAGGGCCUCACUGGAACUCCAGGUCUCAGAGGCGAACAGGGUCCUGCAGGGUCAGAUGCCCACGUGCCUCGCGUUUCGUUCUCCGCCGCGCUGACCCGCCUCGUGAGAAGCCCAGGAACCAUAGUGUUCAACGAGGUCUUUGUCAACGAAAGAGAGGUCUACGAUCCCAACACAGGUUAUUUCACAGCUCCAGUGAGUGGGAAGUACUUCUUCAGCGGCAUCCUGACGGGCCAUAAGAACAUGAAGAUCGAGGCGGUGCUGUCCAAGUCCAACACGGGCGUUGCGAGAGUGGACUCGGCUGGCUACCAGCCCGAAGAUCUGGAGAAGCCAAUGGCGGAGGCCAAGCACAUCCCCGGAGCUGUGGCCGUCUUCAACAUCAUCCUGCCCUUGGAGACCGGGGACACGGUCUGCAUUGACCUCGUCAGCGGCGAGCUGGCUUUCGCUUCGGAACCGCUGACCAUCUUCAGUGGGAUGCUGCUGUACGAGACCAUGUGAUCGCUGUAGUCGGCCUCAAUUGGGCGGCUGGACCGUAAGAGACAGAGCCAGUGGCUGGAACAGUCCCGCAGACUGAAAUCACUGGACUGCAUUCAUUCAGCAAGGACAAAAAUACUUACUAAUACAUUUGACCUCAUCUGUUAAAACCAAUUGACAAAAUAGUUUUUUUUAAUGUGUUUCACAGCUUCUAAGGAAAACAAUUUGUACCAAUAUUUUUUUAUUCUACGACGUGUUGUCUCUGCAGGGUUAUUUGAAAACUCCAUACUUCAUGCUGUUCUACAAACCUUAAAUCUGUACAGAUUACAAGGAGAUGGGCUUUCUUUUGUCAAGGAAAAGACAUUUGCUAUGAUGGUAAAAUAUUAAAGAUGUGGGGGUCUUCUGUUUUCAAAUGUGCAGGGGUUAUUGCACACUAUUUUUACUUUCUUUUCUUCAAGCUCACAGUUUCAUUUUGACCACAAGCAAAUUCCCAGAAGCUGGCCGCUGCAUGCCAGUUGUCUUAGAGUGAUUUGGGGACACAGUCCAAACCACAGUUCCUGCUAAAAUGAAUUUUAUGAAUCUUACAGCAAAACAAUUUAGCAGACCAUUUUAGGACAUCAGCUUGUCCCAAAAAACACAAGGAGAGGAGGAGGGUGGCUGGGGGAAAGAGAGGGGAUUUUUUUCCCUCCCUCUGUCCAAAUAAGGGCCAUCUAACGUUGGAGGAGGAUCAAGUGUUAAAGUGGUGAAGCUGUUCCUAUCAUUCUAUCUUGCAGUGGAAUUUUUGGGUAAAGCCUAGAAUAACAAAUAAUGAAGCUGAACUUUUGUCUCUAGGCUAAGUCCCAUCUCGUAAAAGAACACACUCAAACACACACACGGACACACUGACGGACGCACACUUUAGAAGUCUUAUUGAAAUGGCUCCAGAAGAAUAUUUGUGCAUGAUAUCUAGUGUGUACAUAUUGUUGAAAGGAAAAUUGCUCAUUUUCUGUAGAGACGGCCACGUGCUGCAUUAUAUUGGAUGCAAUACACAGAUUAAUAUCAGCAUAUCAGGAUUUGAUCCCAAUGCAUUGUUUUUGCUUGCCCUUGUGGGAAUGUAAUUUUAUAUGUUUUAUGUAUUGUAUAACCUUGAAGGAAUGUAAAUAUUUUUCUGUGGUUAUGCCCACAUAAGAUUUUUACGAGUAACCACUCUAACCUUGCCAGAUAUUGUAUAUGUUUUGUAUGUUUGUUUUGCCACAAGUGUGCCUCAAAUACAGAUACCCACUUUUA